AUUUUGACCUGUUGAUUAAUAAUUAGUCCACGAGGUGGCAGUCUUUACAUAAAACAUCAGUGAUUUAAAACAUUACAGAAGAAGAAUUUAAGCGGAACCUUUCGUCUGGUUUGUUUUCAGUCGGACGACAUUACUGUGCGCACACGGUAUAAACAUGGAAGCCGUGAACCUGAUAUUUGUGUCCUCGGUGGACUGUAAACUUUCUAAAACUGAGUUACUGAGAGGAAUCGUUACCGAGAAACUGACGACGGCAGCGCGGGAAAUCUUCGCGGUUGUCGAGAGAACCGUAUCCGGUUACGAGGAGGAGGCGGCGGGUCUGAGGCAGGAGAUCGACCGGCAGAGGAUCCAGCUGGAGGCUAUCCUGCAGCCUCGAGUCUCUCUGUGUAGGAUAGAUGAACCUGAAGAAGAAGAAGAAGAGGAGCAGCUCAAACGUGGGGAGGACUCGGGGAGCCGGGCCGGUUUAGAUCAUGCUGAGGAAGAGGAGGAGGAGGAGCCAGAGAAGAUCAGAGGCAGGAAGUCGUCCUCUAUAAACCUCAGAGUCUGUCUGUUAGAGGACUCCACCCUCAGUGUACUGAACAGAGGAGUGUCUCAGUCUCAGGUGAAGGAGGUGAGGUGUCCUCCGGGCCUGCAGGAGGCAGACUUCCUGGACCUCCUGAGGGCGUCCUUCCCUCAGCUGACGGGACAGUUUGAUGCAUUCACAGUCGACGCCCACCGGAGUCUGACACCCCUCACAGUAAAGACCCUGACACCCGAGGAGAUCCGGAGGUCCAUCAAGUCGACGGGGAGAGGACGGUCCGCUCUUUACAUCCGAGUCCAGGUACUACAUCCGAGUCCAGGUACUACAUCCGAGUCCAGCUGGCUGUGA